GGGCAUGAAUAAUGCAAUAAAGCGAUGAAGAUCUCGCGGGAGUGAUCGUCGAACAAAGCCAGCAGCUACAAUUAGUGUUACGAAUUUGGGACAGGUAUCAAUUACUUUUCGGCAAUCAGCAGCGCUCGUAAAUCGUCGGAAGUGUGUUAGGAGAACGCUGCGGCGGCUCUCGAUGAUUGAGACCCGUUCCCUAGCUCAUUUGAAUGACAAAUAAGUGUGAGUAAAGCACACACACAGCCUCACACGGGCUGGCAUAAGGCGCUCGGUGAAAGCACUGCUCUCGGAGAAAGCUGCGAGCAAUGAGAGGGAAAGUGUUUUUUUCUGCGCGUGGUUCCUCGCCGCUUAGAUAACUUGGCGGCGACUCGUAGACUCGCGCUUGCUAUACUUGGUCGCAGGAAGCAUUUCCACUUAGUCCAAGCCUCUCGGCCCUGAAGCGCGCCUCGUGCACAUUCUGCAUUGUUUUAUUGCGCGCGGCUGAUGGUCUGCGGCGCCGGCGAUGGCAGACGAGGCGUGUGGCAAAACCCUCGAACUCACCCUGACUAACGCAGGCAACCCCUCGUUCGGAUUCACCCUGAGUAGGUCCAAGGUCGAGCCGUAUCCAAAGGUUGAUGUUGUUGAAUCAGGAAGUGCCGCCGACGAAGGCGGUCUUCACCAGGGUGACGUCGUGUUUGAAAUAAACGGCUGCAGACUCUUGGGAUGCUCCCUGGACUGCGUGUUGAGGAUCAUUGCCACUUCCACGCACCGACUGCAGCUGACCCUUUGGCGCCCCAAGGAGUACCACCCUGACCUCGACCUGGCAAAGACGUUGCUCAAGGUUGCGCAAUUGCUGUCCUGUCCCAUCUGCUUACGAGAGGUGGCUCUGCAGCCGCGCCAGUGCAGAAAUGGACACGUUAUGUGCUCAAGAUGUGCAGUGAGGUCGCCGAAAGGUUGUUGCCCGAUGUGCAGGGUGUUUCUAGGCCGACCAGCGAACAACAGGUUAGCCCUCCCUGGGGCAAGGUGCCUCUUGGCUGAAAAAAUGGUGGCUGUGAUGCGUACAGAUGGCGACGGAAUCAAUCACAAGGCUGAUGCAAACAAUGACGAGAAUAAAGAUAGAGAAAACUCCCUCAGAAGAGACGCGGCAAAGCGCAAGAGCCACCACUCGGACGUGAACUCGGGCAAGUCUGCAGGAAAACUGCAUUUGGUCACCAGACUGGUGCGUGCGCUGCGUUGAGUUGAACGACGCGCCGCGACAGCAUCCAGCCGGUGCACAGCACACGCGCUAUUUUGUAAUGAUAAUAAUAAUAAUAUGUUCCAUGCCUCACUCUCCACACUUUACGUUUAAUGCAUACAAACUGAGCACACGACUGCAAUAUUUAGUAUUAUAUGGCUCUAGUGUGGCGUACAAAACACCAACAACUGUAGUUACACACUCGCGUUGGGACAUGCAUCAUUUCGCAAUUUUCCACCAUACUAUAUUGCCUCUUUCACGUGCCAUUGCCGAGCUUUUGUUGUUCUGUUUUAUAUUUUUUUCCUGGCGAUAUAGUCACUUGGUUUUCUACUCUUCAAUUUGCACUGAAUAUAUGAUAUGGUUUACUACUGGAAUAAAAAUAAGUUUGUUUAGA